UUAUGCUGUGGAUCGCGUGGAUCCAAACAUAAUACCUGCUGAAAUCUAUAUGCACUCGGUUGUGUGGAGCGCUACAGUGCCUUUGGUAUCAUUUGAAUGUAUUGAGUGGCAUGCUACCGAUAGGUAUAGGCGACAAUUCGGACUCGUUCAGGGAGUGCCUGAGGAGGUGCGGAAUCUAGAUAAGGCGCAUGGAGAAGUCCUCACUGGUCCUAAGAAUUUUAACUGGGCCACGGCACCUACUCAUUACAUGUGGGUGAUGCAUUGGACCAACAGGUAUCAUCACGUUCUUUCCGAGCUUCCCAUUCCUUCACAGCCUCAGUUGGAAACUUAUAUGCAUUGGUACCGAGGAGAAUAUGGGAACCGCUUGUGUUUGUCAAAUCUUGUGGGUGAAGAGGAUGAUGAAGGUAAUCAGGAUUUGGAUGGUGGUAAUCAUGAUAUGGAUGAGGGUAGUCAGGAUAUGGAUGAUGACAAUGAUGAACAGGAGCCACAUUCGCCUGAGGUACCACCUACGAAUCCGCUUCCACAAGAACAACCUCAGUUCUCAGGCCAGUAUGUACCGCAGUCACACUUCAACCCAUCAUUUACGCAUCAUCAACAACAUUGGGGUAUGUCACAGUUUGAUCCAGGCGAAGGCGGUUCUUUUAGCCAGUUGCUUGGGCUUAUGGCUGGAGAAGGAGGACAGUCUCAAUUUGGCCAUCAAAAUGAGUUAAUGCCAGGGAGGCAUUCGUUGGAUGCGAGGUAUCCAGGCCAUACUUCAUCGGUUGCAUCUGGAGGAUUUGUAUCUGUUGACUCUAGUAGGAGUGACGGUGGACGCGGAGUUUUUAAUAGCCAAAAUCCGUACGUUAUUUCCAUGGGACUCAUUGAGGAAAAUGAUAACACACUCCAGCAGGAGACCGAUGCGUAUAUAGUGGACAACCCGGAUGCCGAAGAUGAUGAUGAGGACGAUGAAAUAGAGGAGUUCGAUGAGGACGAAGAGUCCCGUAAUGAUGGUCAGGCCCGCACUCCGGAUGACCAAGCCAAAGGUUACAACCUUAGGAUUGAUCCCCCACGUCGUAGCGCUAAUCGAUACACUCCAUCUGUUUUCAAAAAGGCGGCCAAGAAAUGCAAGAAAUUGGUGAACGAUGUAAAGUGGUCAAUUAGAAAGUAGUUGUGGUGUAUUGUA